AUGAUCUGCCCUCGAUGGACACCUCGAGCGACAGCGACACUCGCUAAUCUCGGCGACAGCUCGAGGCAAUGCUCCUCUCGCCAUGUUCUUCGUCCAAGCAAAGAUGCGGCUUCGAGGCCAAGACGCGGUUUCAGCAUAAUUGGAGGGGGCAACGGAGAUGGUAGCUCGGACUCACCGCCUCACAAAACGUCACAAUUCUUGAAUAACACCCAACGAACAUCUCCUCGUCCCACAGCUGCGUCCACGUCAGGAUCUACCUCCAAUCCACUGCCGAGACGGCGAACAUGGACACCAGCAACAUCUGCAGCUGAUGCUACUGGCUUAAAUCGGCGGCCGCGCGAUCAACUUAACACCGGCGAAGCUCGACGACCUCGUGUGAGCGGGAGAGAAAAAGGUGACAAUAGUGUGGAAGACGAAUCUCAAGAUACGACUCUCCUGGAGUGGCCACAGCUACAGAGAAGAGCAAGAGGAGGGAAACAACAUGGGCAUGCAUGGAAUUCCGGCGUCACCAUCCCAAAGAACCCCUUCUCUCGACGACAAAGCAUACAAAACCCACGAGGCGCCAAGGAAUCGUCAUUUGUCAUGCUCAUAAUAGACGGCAUGUCGCCCAAUCUCAACGCUGCGGACUUUUACCGUAUAACUCCAAAUGAUCUCUCCGAUUGGCAGAGUGUCAUCAAGAAAGUCCAGCAGCAACGCAAGGUAGACACCCUCGAACCGCUCGGCCGCUACUGGGUCACCUUUAGCUCAGGCGAGGCCGCCGCCUCCUACCGUGAUAGACUUGUUCGCCUGCACAAGCUCAACGGCUUCAAGCUCAGGUCCGCAAGCGGUCUAUGGGAAAGCAGCGUCCCGUCCUCCCUCAAAGUUUCUCUCGCAUCGCCAUCAGCGGCAGCGGCAGCAGCAGCAGCCGAAACAAGCGAUGCCCUCACUUCAAACGCACCGAGCACAGAAACCCUAGUGGACCUUGUCAACACUUUUACCAUUUCACCAGGCUCUCAAGCUAUACUGCCUAUACAGCGCAGAAAGGUUUCUCUUUUGCGGCCGUGGACGGAUCGUUUGGCAGGGCUGAUCGAAAACCUCGGGUACGGGGAGCGGCCGUCGACGUUGAUGGUGGACAUUUAUCCGCCCACUUUGACUGCCCAGGAGCUGCACCAGUUUAUCCGUCGAGAUGGGCAAAACCGAGGCCUCCGGUGGCAAGUCUCUCUGCCCCAGCAUCUUAAGACGAGCGGCUCGGAGCGAGGGUCAACGAAGACGAAUAGUACGAAAGAAGUUAGUUGGGAUGAUGAGGUGGAUGAGCAAGAGGGGGAAGAAGACAGGCAGCGAAAUCCAUCUUUUAGGCGUAAUGACCGUGAGACAUUGGAAAAGCUCAAAGGCCGGUUCAUACUCGCGUGCGCCGAUGAGACAGAGGCACGGCGGUUUCAGCAGAGCUGGAAUCGUAGAACGCUCACAACAACGCAGCCGGAGCCGGCAAGGUACUUGGUUCAUGCAUCAAUAAUAAAGUGGUAG